AUGCGCCUGGCGGGCGGCCGGCCCGGGAGCCGCGCUCGCCACCUCUCCCGGGCCUCGGUGUCGCACGCGCGGCGGCCCGGGGCGUGCGCGCUCCCCGCGCUGCUGCUGCUGCUGCUGCUCCGGACGCCGGCGACGCGGGGCAUCACGUGCCCUACCCCCACAUCCGUGGAACAUGCAGACAUCCGUGUCAAGAGCUACAGUGUGAACUCCAGGGAGCGGUAUGUGUGUAACUCAGGUUUCAAGCGCAAAGCCGGCACGUCCAGCCUGACCGAGUGCGUGUUAAACAAGACCACGAACACCGCCCACUGGACGACUCCCAAUCUCGAGUGUAUCAGAGACCCCUCCCUGACUCACCAAAGGCCAGUGCCGUUCUCCACAGCAACACCGGCAAGGGUGGCCCCACAGCCAGAGAGCCCCUCCCCUUCUGGAAAAGCUUCAUCUCCCAGGUCAGACACCACAGUGGCCACAGAGACGGCCAUUGCACCGCGCUCCCCCUCCAAAGCGCCCUCCGCAGGACCCACAGGCCCGGGCAGGCGGGAGUCCUCCCGGGCCCCCUCUCAGACCACUGCCGGGACCUCGGCAGGCGCGCCCUCGGCCUCCCACCAGCCACCAGGUGCUAAUCCAUUCAGCUCCAGAGAAGCCACCGUGACCAUCUCUACUGCCGCCGUCCUGCUGUGCGUGCUGAGCGGGGCUCUGCUGGCCUGUUGCCUCAAAUCAAGGCGAACUUCCCGGCCGAACAACAUUGAGAUGGAAACCAUGGAAGCUCAGCCGAUGACCAGCAGCAGAGAGGAAGACACGGAAACCAGCCCACACCACCUCUGAAUCCCAGGCGAGACCGGCCCGGCCACGCCUGCAGGGAAGAGCCACUCUGCUUUAGCUAGAGAAGACUGAGGAGACACGCAGGGCAGUGGGCACAGGAGCAAGCCCACCAGGAUAACCACACGCCCCUGGUGUGAUCCCACCACCUGUGCCCGGCCUGGGUGUCUCCAGGACCAGCAGGUUCUCCAGCGUGCAGAUGGAUGCCACCCGCCCGCCCGCCCACCGCAGGGCCCGGCUUCCCAAAGUCCGAGCAGCUGAAGCUCCCCCGGGAGAGGCUGGAGGAUUCCGGGCAGGGCUUUUAUUUCAUUGUGACACGUAUUCAGGACAGCUCAUCGCUGGACUGUGUGUUCCAGCCCUCAUCCUGACUUGCAGUUUACAGAGAAAAGUAAAACUGAGGCUCUCAGCUACGAAGCUCCUCCUGGCUUGGGAGACGUCUACGGGGAAGACUCCAGCGUCUGAGCUCCCACGACACUGUCUGCAGCCGCCCCGCGUGUGCUGAAGCGGGGCCCAGAGAGGCAGAAGGGACGCUGGGCCCAGUGAAUCCUCUUGAUUGAAGGGUCAGAAAGAACAAAACAGAACUCACCGACAUUUUACAUGUAUAUGCACUUAUAUUUAUACUUGUCUGUUAUAUCUACAUAUUGUAUAUGA